AAUGAGCAAGUAUUCACUCCUGAAGGUUGGUGGGGAGCACCAUGAGGCGCCACCUCUGGGCCUAACGGAACUGCACUUACCCAGAAUGCUCUGCGUUGAAUAGCAGUACGGCUGAGCCAAUGGGGGCUCAGAAAAUAGCAGUUUCCGCGUGCGGUACAAAGGGGGGCGGGACCUCCGGGGUGUUGCGCGCCGCGGCCAUUUUGGCUUCUCUAGUCGUGUUCCCAGGUCGGAGGCCGCGGAGCCCUUGCGUCGUGCCCAAAGCGCAGCGGCCGAGAAGGCACGAGGAGAGCCCCGCUGCACAGAAGCGUCUGAGGCUCGGCGUCGUCGCCCGGAGUGACCCGCGCCGGAUCGGGGCCGCAGUGCCCACGUCCUUGUUGCGCCCACAGAGCGAUGGCGGCGGCCGCGCGGGGGGACCCGGCUCAGAUGUUUAUCAACACCAGAAGCAACACUUUGGAGAAAAACACUUCAGAAGCAGUGUGGGCAGAACAUUGUUUGUGAAGACCUGCACAUUUCAUGUGUCAGGGGAGCCCUUGACCUGCAGGGAAGUUGGGAAGGACUUCCAGGCCAAGUUGGGAUUUGUCCAUCAACAGGCCACUCACACUGGGGAGCAUUCAAAUACCAAAAGCAAUUAUGGGGCUGUAAGUCACAGUGAAAAAACUCAUCACAACUAUGAAGAAUAUACAAAAGCAAUCAGCCAAAAACACAAACUUGUUCAGCAACAGAGAGCCCUCACUACAGAAAGAUGUUACAUGUGCAGUGAAUGUGGGAAAUCCUUUAGCAAAAGUUACAGCCUCAGUGACCAUUGGAGAGUUCACACUGGAGAAAAGCCUUAUGAGUGUCGGGAAUGUGGGAAAUCCUUCAGGCAAAGCUCUAGCCUCAUUCAGCACCGGAGGGUUCAUACUGGAGUACGACCUCAUGAAUGUGAUGAAUGUGGAAAAUUAUUUAGCAACAAGUCCAACCUCAUUAAACAUUGGAGAGUUCACACUGGAGAAAGGCCAUAUGAAUGUAGUGAAUGUGGGAAGUCCUUUAGUGAAAGCUCUGCACUCCUUCAACACCAGAGUGUUCACACUGGAGAGAGGCCUUAUGAGUGCAGUGAAUGUGGGAAAUUCUUUACAUACCAUUCCAGUCUUAUAAAGCACCAGAAAGUUCAUAGUGGAUCAAGACCUUAUGAGUGUAGUGAAUGUGGGAAGUCAUUUAGCCAAAACUCCAGCCUCAUUGAACACCGUAGGGUUCAUACUGGAGAAAGACCUUAUAAGUGCAGUGAAUGUGGGAAAUCCUUUAGCCAAAGCUCUGCACUUCUUCAACAUCGCAGAGUUCAUACCGGAGAAAGGCCUUAUGAGUGCAGUGAAUGUGGGAAAUUCUUUACCUACAGCUCUAGUCUCCAAAAACACCAGAGAGUUCACACUGGAUCAAGGCCUUAUGAAUGCAAUGAAUGUGGGAAAUCCUUUACUCAAAACUCCAGCCUCAUUAAGCACAGGAGGGUUCACACUGGGGAAAGACCUUAUGAGUGCACUGAAUGUGGGAAAUACUUUAGCCAUAACUCUAGCCUCAUUAAACACCGAAGGAUUCAUAGUCGAUAAAGGCCUAUGAGUGGCAAAUGUGGAAAAUUAGCACCUUGGAGAAAGUCCUGUGAAUGCAGUGAAUGUGAGGAAGCAUUCAGUUGAAGGACUUAUCUCAUUGGGUGCCACAAAGUUUACAUGGGAAGAACACCUUUGGUAUACAGGGAUGUGCAGUUUCUUUGUUCAGUAUAACAACUCUGAAGGAAAUCCCUUAUGUAAGAGUGCUAUCUGCUUGAAUUGAACCUCAUACAUUGAACAUCCACAUAAAUUCCAGGUAUGUGGGAGCUGUAUUGUACAUUUUACUCUACUCAGGGCUCUUGGUGGAUUGCUAGUUUUGUAGCAGAAGCCAUAUUGCCUCUACCAGCUGGCAAGUGCUCACUAUAUGCCCCUGAGUUCACCCACGACAGUGCAUGCAGGUAAGUGACCCUUGGUGUUGUUUCACUCAUGGGAGGAAUUUGUAAGUAGCUCAAGUAUUUAUUCCUUUCUCAUUUUUUUUUCUAUGAUGAGUCAGGGCAUGGACCUGAUCCAAUUUGACCCAGAGGACUCUCCUGUUAACAUGAAAAGAUGGACUACCUAUUUCAGAUACUGUUGGUCUUAGAUGACAAUUUUGAUGAAAUUUUCCAGCCUCCAAAUCAUCAACUGUGUGAACCAUCUACCUUUCAUUGCCCUGGUUUAUAUAAUAAUAAAGGCCUUAUUAUUUAAGCCACCAUCAA